CACUGUAGCUCAUACUAGAAGUGCGAUCCCGCAGGUUUCCGGGCCGGCGUCACGACGACGAUGUCUCUUAUAUGCCGUCCAUCCCUGCCAGACUGCCAGUCAAACAACCAGUUCCAAAUUCCUUCCAACUCAGCAAAGCCCUAAAAUACGUCCGUAUACAAAAUGACCCCCCGCUUCCAAGUCCGCCCGAUAACCGACACGGACUUCCCAGCCCUGACCCAAAGCCUCUGGGAAGCCUUCGAAACGCCCUACCAGGGCCUUCUGCGCCUCUUCUUCCCCAUCCUCAACAACGACCGCGAGGGGAGCCUGCAGACCUGCAUCGCGGGACAGAGAGAGGAAUACCAGCAGCAGCAGCCGCACCUGACGUGGAUUAAAGUGGUUGACACGCACGCGGGGGACUGUAUUGCGGCUGCUGCGAAGUGGUAUUUUUAUGAGAAGAGUCCUCACACUCAUACUAAUACAGAUGAGGAGAGCCAGGCUGUGGCGGAUUGGUAUCCCGAAGGCAUUUCCAGAGACUUUGCCACGAAGGCGGUUCGGCAGUUUGAGCGGCCGCGCGAGCAGAUGGCGCAGAGGCCUCAUGCUUUCCUACACAUCGCGUUUACAAUGCCGUCGUACCGACGACAAGGGCUCGGCCAUUUAUUCAUGGAAUGGGGCCUGCGCAUCGCCGACGAGCUCGGGCUCGAGGCGUGGCUGGAUGCGUCUGAGUUCGGGACUGGGCUGUACGAGCAGUUUGGGUUCAGGAAGGUGCUUACGAAUGUCGUCGAGCCUGCUCCGGAUAGGGAGUUGACGGAGCAGGAGAGGGGGGAGUGGGAGGCGUGCGAGAGGGCUUUGUUGCCGAUUGCGUAUACGGUGAUGUGGAGGCCGGCUGGGGGGAAGUUUAUAGAGGGGGAGCCUGUUCCGUGGGUUAAGAAAGCUUUGACUGCUUAAUUGGAUAUGUAUUUAUUAGAUACCGAUCUGGACAUCUAGUAAUGAGUCUCGAUGAUAGGCCCGGUGUAGACAUGACGAGCACGGACAAAGUAGUACACAAUGCUCAGCAGGAUAACGCUGACCGUGCCAACAACACUAAAGUUCAUAGUCUCCAACUCGACAGGCGUCUGGCUCGGCCAGAAGCUGAAGAAGACCGCAAUAAGCGCGUAGACAAUGGCAAAGACAUUGAUCAGCACGCCCCAG